AGGGAGGGAGCGAUGUGGAGAGAGAUGGAGCGGUUGGAGGGGGCGUACAUCUCCUUACUAGCUCAUGGCGAGAGAGCUGGCAGCGGUACAAGCUCUGCUGAACGCAACCUCCCCGUACCGUGUGUGUGUGUGUGUGUGUCGAUAGAGGGACGUUUCCACCUCCACCCGCGGGGCCGUAACACCCAGAGGCUAACAACGCGCCGGACUACACCGGACUACACUCGUCCUUUGGCCAACUCUGUAAUAUGUGAUAGUCCUCCUCCUAUCCUGCCGCAGAGGACGCCAUCGGAGAGGAGCCGCGCAGACCCUGCAGAAGCACAGUGGAAGGAUGGUGUGACGCACAGGCAGAGGGACCAGUCACUGCUCACCACUCAAAGGCAGAUCAUGGCUCCCAUGUCUCUCCUUUUCCUGGGCUUCCUUCUCACCCUCCUUCAUCCUUCAGCUGCCCAGACCAUCAUUGGCUCUUCAUCCCCCCUCCCUCGUCUGGACCUGCCUAUUAAUUCUUCACCUCAACCAACCAAGCAGACUGCUAGAUUUUGGCCUUCUUUGCCUCCCAGAGGGCGUAGUGAUGUGCCUAUCAGAGCUACAGUGCGGGAUAGACUGCAAACUACAAAUGCAGUGCAACAGAGAAUAUCCCGUCCUACUGCACAGUCCACUCCUUCUUUUAUACCUGGCCUUUCUACGCAGAACCUCAGCAGCGGGCCAGUUUUAACACAACCUACUGCAACCAGGCCCAGGACUGAUACAGCUAGUUUAGCAAUCAUCAGGGCUUUAGCAAAGGGAGAUGCUACUACAAAAGGCUCAACUCCACCACUGCCCACUUUGCCCUCCUCUGCUGUCGCUGAGUCUGCAGGUGAUAAGCCAGUGAUAGCAGGGAAUCCAGAGGAGGGAUCAGUGAAAGAGACAGAGGAUGAUGAUUUGCAGGGGUUUGGAUCAGGCAGUAUCCCAACAGUGAUGGUUGUGACGGAGGAAUCACCUAUUGCUCUGCCAACGGUUGGUGAUGAAAUGGCUCAGUAUCGGCCACUGGCACAGACCGCGAUAUCUAAAGUUUCUGAUGUAGAAACACCACUGCCAGACAGUCAGACGCUGGAGCCUCAACUGUUUGUCCUUACAACAGCCAGUAAAAUCUCUACGACGCCACAGACUGAGACAAGAGCCACCCUGUCCCCUGUGGGAACACAGGCGACACCUCAGAAUGAAAUGUUAACAGGUGAACUGACGGCAAACACUCCUUCCACCGCCAAAGUUACUACAAAGCAGGACUCUGCUGCAGUGACAUUACCCCAACUCACAACUACCACCACCGACUCUGUCGAUAAACAGUCAGAGAAUGUCGGACAGCCAGUUUCUGCCCAAAACAGUUCGCAUUCAAACACCUCAACACAGCAAGUGGCAACCACAGCGACAACCAGUACGCUUACUACACAGGAAGCUGUGAGAACAUCCUCCAAAACAACAAAUCAACCCAACAAAACAACCCAAAUGGGAAGAAAUACAGCCAGCACAACUGUACAGUCAUCAAGGACAGGGACCGCUUCAUUCCUUGCCACAGGUGUCACCCGAAUAAGGUUGAGCCCCACAUAUCAGACUGGCAUUGGUCAAAGGAACCGCUCCAUUCUCCUAGGACAUCCUCACCAAGCUCCCUUCUCUACUUCUAAUGCAGCCCCCUCUCCCAGCACCAGUCCUUCCCCUAAUGCCACACUUCUCUACUGGGGGGACCUGAGCCGGACGCUGGCUUUUGCCUGGGAGCUUCAUGUCUACGGCUCAGCAAGCCUCUUCCUCCUCCUGUUUGCUGGUGCUGCUCUCGGUCUCACUCUGUCCCCUGGCACAAACUGUCCUCACCGAGGGGCUCUUGCACUUGCCAAUGCUCUGUUGUUUCUGGCCGGAGGACUUAGAGCGGUUCUUUUUCUAAUUGACCCCUAUGGCACACGGAAAUUCCUCCCUCGCCCCGCAGUUACUGCGCUCUACAACUUGCCUCUACACCUGCUGGUGUGGACACAGGCUGCCCUGGCACUGCUGGCAUUGAGGGUGGCAGGAGUAAGUGUGUUACCUCCAACUUUGGAACGUCCUCCUCUGGUGGCUGUGCUGGCUGUGUUGCAGUGUACCCUGCUGCUGGCGGCUGAUCUGCUUUCACCAGCACUGUCCCCUGUGGUGCCCGUCACCCUACAGGUCCUGUCCCUGUGCUGGGGUCUUGCUCUCUGUCUGGGCUUCCUCUGCUAUGUCUUUCCACGUAUACGCUGCCCUGCUAUUCCUCAUGCUGGAGUCCCUGAAGAGGCCAGGAGGAAGACCUGGACAGGGAGCAGGAGGUUGGGGGUGAUCCUAGGGAGAGUGCUGGCAGUUUGUGCAGUCCUGGGGGCACUGUGCUGUGGGCUGCAUGUUCAUGCCACCUUAUGGCUCUAUGGACUGCUAGGAAACUGGACACGCUUCAACUGGGGGUGGUGGCUGGUGCACUUCUGGGCCCGGCUCCUGGAGCUGGCCUGGGGGUUCUCACUCCUGCUCCUGGCUUCCUGGGUGUUCUGGAGGCCUCAAGGUUGCGGAGGAAGGGAGGAGGGCGGGCCCGAUGGCAGAACAGCAGGAGACCAGCCGUCCCCUGGCCAAUCUGUAGGCUCCACUCAAAGACACACCUGCUGGUCCAAGAUAGUCCAGAGCCUGAGGGGGAAGCCAUGUAGAAAGUCUGACAGUAAUGGGGUGGGAGGAGGAGGAGGACCAGGGGAGGUGCCUAACAACUGGGCUGGCCAGGAGCGCCCUGGAGCUGACAUCAGCAAGAGUCUGAUCAGGAACCAGAACCACGAGCAGUCCACUGCACAGCCACGCUGUGUCAAAGACAGCAACCGGGGACGCAAUCACAGGGGCCACUCUGCAGAACGAGGCAUAUCUGAUGGCUCCACAGGCUCCCUGCUGAGACUGCAGGCGCUGGGCCGGCCUCCACAGCGCUCAGUGAGUGGCAGCCUGGAUCAGGAUAGGGACACUUCCCUGUCUCUUUAUGAGUUCGAUCUGCGGCCCCCAUCUCCCAUUGACCUGACCCGCAGCAUUGACAAGGCUCUGCACAGGGAACACCUGCUCGGUGAAGGGAGCUUGUUUUAUCCUUUGAACCAAACCUCACUGUGCCCCUCCCCGGGCUCAGGGGUCAGCCAGGGGCCCUGGCUCCGCAGGAACAGUGACCCUCAGAUGCUGUCUGAAAGCAGCGAGGCCCCAACAGAGUCUUCAAUGCCACUGGGGGGCAGCGUUCUCAGCAGUGUUCCUAGCAGGCAGGUGACUGCUCCCCCCACACCCUCCCACCAGGGUUACAGGUGGGCUGGGAACACGACAGGAAGUGUCCCUUCAUCAGUGUCCUGCCCUGUGUCCCUUCGCCCCUCCAGAACAUCGACAGGGCAUCUGGGGGAGGAUGGGGUGGACGACACACGGCCGUUUAUCACCCCGGACUCAGAGAGGGUGCGGGGGAGGGCUGGAAGACCGGUAGGGUCACGGAGUUACCUGGAGGUCAGCAGACACGAUGACUCUGCCAGUGUCAGCAGUGAAAUUAUUGAUCUAUGAACCAAACCUUAAACAAAACAUAAGGACCAAUGGCCGCAUAUCAAACACCCCAUUUAACAUACUGUUCCUAACCAAGAGUUCAACAAAUAAAUGAUUGAAUGGCCCAAAGAUUGGCCUAAAAAUGUAAUAUUUUUAGAAGAGGGAAAGUAUUGAAAAGUGUCUCUUGGUGAUCACCGUAAAGGAUAUCAUCUAGUUGCCUUUUGCUUUGUUAAAGGGUUCAACAACUAUGUUGGUGGAACAGAUAUGGUAUACCUUUUACUCUAGGAGUAAAUAUAAGAUAAAAAUAUAAGAUAUAGCACAGAUAAACAACACACUCAUAACUCUUUUUAUCUGUAAAACGUUAGUGCCCUCUUUUUCUUGUCUUUCCUCUCAAAAACACACUCCUGCAUAACACUGGUAUAACUUCAAGUACACUGGGACCAGAAAUCCAGUUCAACAAGUCCUAAAAAUGGCUCUUUAGCAGGUCCCUUCUUUGGGUUGGUGUGAAAUUUGUGAUGGUGAUGAUUUUCUAUCUUCCCAUAACUUGAAUGAAGUUAUGAAAUAGGUUUAGAUCAUCAACUCCCUGUCUGUGAACAGCACAACUGAGAGUUUCAAUAUGUUUGAAGGGUUAAAGACAGAUGUGGCUCUAAGGUCUCAUUUUUAUUGUUUCUGUGAAAAAUGUCUGCAUAUCAACAAUUGUGAAUUUCAUUGCUUUCAUAGAGUUUAUUUGCUGUCUUCCAUAUUUGCUUUGUGAUGUGCCAUACAUAACCUUGGUUGGUUUUGUGCUAUUUUUAUGGUUCUAUAAACCCAUUAUUUGGGUUAACUCUCUAUAGCGUCUUACCAGUAUCAUAGUGACUCACCUACGGAUUACUACUUCUAAGCUCUUAACAUGCUGCUGCUGUUGUUGUUGUCCAGUCUGCCUUGUAUGCUAAUGUGAAGCUGGUUACGUAAAGGCACAGGCAGUAAACAACAGCCUGAAACAUGCAGACGCAUGCAUGUGAAAGUGUUGCUGAAGCUUUUAGAUGUAUCUGAAAUUGUCAGAAUUCAAGCAUUCCCCUGUGAGUUUAAAGCAUUUUAUCUUAUUAGUUUGCUGUAGGACUUUGCUGUAGGACUCAUAAUGACAAAGCUUUUGCAAUCAGUAAUUAUGUAUGAUUGAAGCCUCUGACUGCAGUUUUACAGAAUUUGACUAAAAUAUUAUUACAUAAUCAUGAUCCUAUCAGUUGCAUUGAAUCAAUUCAGAUUGUUUGAUAUGUUAACUAAUUAAAAGCUACACGGCUUUGCAGGGCUGCACCCUACAUGACUGGCUUGGCAUGAACCUCAGAUCUCUUAUAUUAGACCUAACUCAAUAACAGAGCACUUAACUGUAAGCCUGAGCACUAGACUGAAGUAUUUUACUACUCAAGAGGAAAAUAUCUUUCAAAUAUAUGAUGUAUAAGCAACAAUGUAAAUAAUGUUUUUUUGAUGUUCAUGAAUAAAGGUGUAUUUGAAACAUAGUUGUAGUUGUUACUGUGAAAGACAAUCUGAAGUGGUAUUGUGUCUGAGCUGUGCAGACUAUUGUGACAUCAGAUUGAGGUCUGGGUAUGACAUGCAGAGCUGUGACAGUUAAUACUUGACUACAGAGGUUAUGUGAAGGACUUUCUGGGCUGUGCUCAGGAUUGUAAUGGUUAUGCAAAAUGAAUAACUAAUGGGCACAACAAAGGUAUUGGAAAGAAACAGACAAAACCCUUCACAUCUAACUAUAUUUAGUCUAUUGAUUAACUUCUGUUUGGUGAUCCUGAAAAUAGCCCAGUGGUUUUCUCCUCAGUCUUACAUUUAAAAGGUUUUGUUCCAUCAUGAGAUGUCCGUUUUUUUUUAACUGAACCUCACAAAAAGAUGACUGAAAUUUAAUCUUGGGUUUAUUUUGUUAAUAUUUAAUGAUACAUUUCCAGAAGUGUUUUUUUUCUUUCCCAAAGUGGAUAAACACUUUCAAUUUUGGAAUAAAUCUUAAUUUAGGCCUCUGUUCCUAAGAAUCAGUUCAUGACUUGUUUCCCGGUUACCUCAAGGUGACUUGCAGUACUUCCCAGUGAUGUGAGAUGCUUGACUUGUUUCCUAUUUACAGUACAAUGGCCUUGUGUUGUUGUCUACAUUCCAAUGAACCUUUAAGAUUUCACUGUAUCAGUUUUCGCUGUUACCUCUUUUACUUCAUGACCAGGGAGGUAUCUCCAGCACUCGUAGUGUUGUCCCCUCCACAAAGCAGUACGUGCCAUAGAAAAUACAAUCAAUGUGCCCCGUCCAGUCUGUAGUUACAGUACAGCAGUACAGUGUUAGAUUGUUUUUUUAUUUUGCUCAUUGAACUUUUGUUCUUGUAUUUCUUGCUGCAUUUCAUGUCUGGAUUCAAAUAAAAAUGAGAAAAUUUCA